AUGGCUACUCGAAAGCUUGGGUCCUACAUCCAGACCAACAUCCUACAUGUUGAUCACGCGGCUCGAGAAGAAGAGAGUUGCAAGUACCAGAAGAUAGCCCGAGAGAGCAUCGAAGACCCAUUUUUGGAGGAGGAUCCGAGCGUCGUAGAAGCAUUCCGAGGUCUUGUGCCCACAGCAUCCGACGUAGCGGACUACUUUGUCAACCUGUUUCCGUCAGCAUCAUGGAUACGUCGAUAUAAUCUACAUUGGCUACUGGGAGAUGCCAUCGCUGGUGUCACUGUGGGCCUGGUAGUGGUUCCCCAGGCUAUGGCAUAUGCAUCGCUCGCUCGGCUAAGCCCCGCGUACGGUUUGUAUACUACUUUCACAGGCGCUUGUCUAUACUGGAUAUUUGGCACCUCUAAAGAUAUCGUCAUCGGGGCGACUGCCGUAGGGUCUUUGCUUAUCGGCCAAGUGGUUAGCAGUAUCGAAGAGGAUAAACCAGGUGUUUAUGAGGCACAAGAGAUCGCACAUGCGAUAUGCUUUCUUUGUGGUCUGGUCCUGCUAUUGCUCGGAUUCCUACGCCUAGGCUGGCUUAUCGAAUUCAUACCGUACCCUCCGAUCAACGCAUUUGUCACGGCAGCGAGCAUCACAAUUAUCUCGACGCAGCUACCCACUUGUCUAGGGAUCAAGGGUAUCAAUACCCGUGAAGCGCCUUAUCGAGUUUACAUCAACACCCUGAAAGGACUACCCAACGCGCAAUUGGACGCCGCCAUAGGCAUUAGCUCCAUUAUUUUGCUAUUUGCCAUACAAAAUUUCUGCUCAAAAAUGGAAGUUCGACAACCUAAGAAGAAGCGCCUAUGGGGCAUGAUCUCGUCUCUUCGUCUGACCUUCACGGUACUAUUAUAUACCUUCAUCAGCUGGCUAGUGCACCGAAAGACAGUCGAAGGCCACGAGAAGUUCCGUAUCGUAGGACAUAUCGAGAAAGGAUUCUCACACGCCAGCGUCCCGGAGAUGGAUACAACCCUCUUUGGCCUCGUCGCCAAAGAAUUGCCUGCAAUCGUCAUUAUUCUCAUCGUUGAGCACAUUGCCAUUGCUAAGAACUUCGGUCGUCAAUACGGGUAUACCGUUAUCCCGUCUCAAGAGAUCCUUGCACAAGGCUUCGCCAACCUACUGAGUCCAUUCGUGGGAGGAUAUGUCUGUACCGGGUCUUUCGGCGCCUCAGCUGUGCUAACAAAAGCCGGAGUGAAGACCCCGCUUGCUGGGCUCUUCAGUGCGAUGAUACUAAUCCUCGCGCUGUAUGCCCUAACGGCCGUCUUCUACUACAUUCCCAACGCAGCACUAGCUGGCUUGAUCAUUCACGCUACAUGGAACCUGGUCACUCCGCCAUAUAAGUUGUAUAAGUUCUGGCAAUAUUCACCCUUCGAGUUCGGCAUAUGGGUCAUCGGCGUAGUACUCGCCAUCUUCACCGACCUCGAAACAUCGAUCUACGUGGGUAUCGCACUUUCAUUCGCCCUGCUUCUAGUCCGCAUGGCACGUACACAGGGCAAGUCCCAGGGCCAGGCAAAAGUCACGCGAGUGAUCCAGCACUCCAAGCCCACAGCACACACAACCGCAGAACGCACUCCUUCUCCAUCGCACACCUCUUCCACAACUACUACUGAGGACUUGACGCGCAACGCCUUCCUCCCCCUUGAGGGAGACAAAGCCCACAACCCCCGCAUCACAGUCGAACCCGCCCACCCAGGCGUCUUCAUCUACCGCUUCGCCGAAUCCUUCAACUACAUCAACCAAGCGCACCACAUCGACUACCUCCUCUCUCACAUCUACGCGCACACGCGCCGUACCGUCGCGGACGACGGCGUCCCACUCAAAGACCGCCUUUGGAGCGACCCACCACCUGCUCGCACAUAUGACGAUGGUGCCGUGCAGAAGCCGGUCCUUCGCGCGGUGGUGCUCGAAUUCUCGACGGUCAAUGUCAUAGAUGUUACGAGUGUGCAAGGGCUGAUUGAUAUGCGGACCACGCUGGACCGAUAUGCGGCGCCGAAUGUAGUCGAGUGGCACUUUGCGGGUGUGCACAACCGGUGGACGAGACGUGCUCUGGCGAAUGCAGGAUUUGGCCGGCCGUCGACGAAGAAUCCGGCUGCGUUUGCGGCUUGGUGUCCUGCGUAUGUGGUUUCGCCUUCUUCUUCAGAUGAGGGUGUGGAGAAGCGGUCUACGAGUGUGGAGGAUGCGGCUGUUCUGGACAGGGGAGAUUUCGAACAAGAGCUCGACGGUAUUUCAUCCCGAUAG